UGCGGCUUGUGUCCGCCCUGUCUCCCUGCCAGGAAGUUCAGGAACUCGGUCACCGCCCCAGCCCUCCGCUACAGCCGUUGUUGAGCAAUAGCCUGCCUCAUCGAAACGAGCUGAGCCGAAACUCGGUGGAUAUUGUACUCUGAGGAUCUUUUGGUAACUUUCGGUAACAAGAACAUAGAGAAGGUGGUUUUGAGUGGUCGGGGGUUUCAUUUAAGGGAGCCAGCGAGGGAAGAAAACUUCUGAGGAAAGCCAGACACAAUGUCAACUAUCAACACGGCUAACAUCAACUUUAAAUGGGACCCAAAGAGCCUAGAGAUACGUACUCUAGCAGUGGAGAGGCUGCUGGAGCCCCUCGUCUACCAGGUUACCACACUGGUAAAUUCCUCCAAUAAAGGCCCAUCCAACAAGAAGAAGGGGCGCUCUAAAAAGGCUCAGGUUUUGGCUGCUUCCGUGGAGACUGCUACACAGAACUUCCUUGAGAAAGGAGAGAAGAUUGCAAAGGAAAGCCAGUUCCUCAAGGAUGAGCUGACGUCUGCAGUGGAGGAUGUCCGUAUGCAAGGAGAGUCGAUGAGGCAAGCUUCAGGAGAAUUUGCAGAAGACCCCUGCUCCUCUGUAAAGAGGGGUAAUAUGGUCCGUGCUGCCAGGGCCCUGCUCUCAGCUGUCACGCAUCUGCUGGUGCUGGCAGACAUGUCUGAUGUGUACAAACUCCUCCUUCAGCUUAAACUGGUGGAGGAUGGUCUGGUCAAAGUGCGCAAUGCAGCUACAGAGCAAGAUUUGGGAAACCAAUACCAAGCUCUAAAACCAGAGGUGGACAAGCUGAACUCGAUGGCUGCCAAGAGACAGAAGGAGCUAAAGGACGUCCAGCACAAGGACCAAAUGGCUGCUGCGCGUGGAAUACUACAAAAGAACAUCCCCAUGCUGUACACAGCAACCCGCGCCUGCCUGCAGCAUCCUGACGUGGCAGCCUACAAGGCUAACCGUGACCUGAUCUACAAGCAGCUGCAGCAUGCAGUGUCCGGAAUCUCCAAUGCUGCCCAGGCCAUGAGCGCUGAAGACUCAGUCCUCACCCAGCCAGCAGGGGGAGGAGAGCUGGCUUAUGCCCUCAACAAUUUUGAUAAACAAAUCAUCGUGGACCCUCUGGCGUUCAGUGAGGAGCGCUUUCGUCCUUCUCUGGAGGAGCGCCUUGAAAGCAUUAUUAGUGGAGCUGCCCUCAUGGCUGAUUCCUCCUGCACACGUGAUGACCGCAGGGAGCGUAUUGUGGCGGAAUGCAACUCUGUGCGUCAAGCUCUACAGGACCUUCUGAGCGAGUACAUGGGAAAUACUGGAAGAAAAGACAGAAGCGAUACUCUGAACACAGCCAUUGACAGAAUGACAAAGAAGACCAGAGAUCUUCGUAGACAGCUUCGCAAAGCUGUGAUGGACCACGUCUCUGAUUCUUUCCUGGAGACCAACGUUCCCCUCUUGGUCCUGAUUGAAGCUGCAAAGAAUGGCAAUGAAAAAGAAGUGAAGGAGUAUGCACAGGUGUUCCGUGAGCACGCCCACAAGCUGAUUGAGGUGGCCAACCUGGCAUGCUCCAUUUCCAACAAUGAAGAGGGGGUGAAGCUUGUCCGCAUGGCGGCAUCUCAGCUUGAAACUCUGUGCCCCCAGGUGAUCAAUGCAGCACUAGCCCUCGCUGCCAAACCCAAUAGUAAGGUUGGCCUGGACAACAUGGAUUUGUUCAAGGAACAGUGGGAGAAGCAAGCCCGUGUCCUCACUGAUGCUGUUGAUGACAUCACAUCCAUUGAUGACUUCCUGUGUGUGUCUGAGAACCACAUUUUGGAGGAUGUGAAUAAGUGCGUCAUUGCUCUGCAAGAAAGGGAUGUUGAUGGCUUGGAUCGCACUGCUGGGGCUAUUCGAGGACGUGCUGCCAGAGUUUUUCACGUGGUCACUUCUGAAAUGGACAAUUACGAACCUGGUGUCUACACAGAGAAGGUUUUGGAGGCCACCAAGCUCCUCACUGACACAGUCAUGCCACGAUUCACACAGCAGGUAGAUGCUGCCGUCAUGGCCCUAACUGAAGACCCCUCAUUGACUGCUGUGGAUGAGAAUGAAUUAAUCGAUGCAUCCCGCCUGGUGUACGACGGCAUCCGCGACAUACGUAAAGCAGUCCUCAUGAUCAGAACUCCAGAGGAACUGGACGACUCUGACUUUGACACGGAAGACUUUGACACUCAAAGCAAGACCAGCGUUCAGACAGCAGAUGACCAGCUUAUCGCCGGCCAAACUGCACGGGCUAUCAUGGCCCAGCUGCCUCAGGAGGAUAGGGCAAAGAUUGCAGAACAGGUGGCUAGCUUCCAAGAAGAAAAGAGCAAGCUGGAUGCUGAGGUAUCCAAGUGGGAUGACAGUGGCAACGACAUCAUUGUGUUGGCCAAGCAGAUGUGCAUGAUCAUGAUGGAGAUGACAGACUUUACCAGGGGAAAAGGGCCACUGAAAAACACAUCUGAUGUCAUCAGUGCUGCCAAGAAAAUUGCAGAGGCCGGAUCAACAAUGGACAAGCUGGGUCGCGCCAUCGCAGACAACUGCCCCGACUCCUCCUGCAAGCAGGACCUGCUGGCCUACCUGCAGCGCAUCGCCCUGUACUGCCACCAGCUCAACAUCUGCAGCAAAGUCAAAGCGGAGGUCCAGAACCUGGGAGGAGAGCUGGUCGUUUCAGGGUUGGACAGCGCCAUGUCCCUCAUUCAGGCUGCAAAGAACCUGAUGAAUUCGGUCGUCUCCACCGUCAAGGCUUCUUACGUCGCCUCCACCAAGUACCAGAAGAACAAAGGCAUGGAGGCCCUCAACAUGCCCGCAGUCUCCUGGAAAAUGAAAGCUCCUGAGAAGAAACCUCUGGUGAAGAGGGAGAAGGAUGACAGCCAGGCAAGAGUGAAGAGAUCCUCUCAGAAGAAGCACGUCAACGUGGUGCAGGCUCUGAGCGAGUUCAAAGCCAUGGAUAGCAUCUAGACACACAAGAACACACGUCAACGACCAAUGAGUUUGGAAUAGAUUGAGCUCGUCAUUGUUUCAUUCAGACUCCACAACUGCAGCUUGUCUGUAUUUCCUCAUUCCCGUUGCUUGCAUUCAGAUUAGCUGUGUCGUUAUUGGUUCGACCGUCUCUUUGGGGGUGGAGUCAUCCAGGCGAGCCUUCUUUCUUCCAUGUGUGGAACUAACUCGCCUGAGCUUUUCAUUCUCUCCUAACUACUUUAAAAGUAAAACCUUAGCACCAAGAGCUUCAUUUUAUUUCUCAACUCUUUUUGGAAAAUAUUACCUAUGCAAAAUUUCAAUUGCCUUUUUUCUUUUUUUUUUUUACUCUAAGUUUAAGUAUAGGUUUUUGUAAGUGAUGGGUGAACUAGUGACCUACGUGUCUCCAUGUGUGCCUGACUUUAAAUUGUUUCUAAUUAUUUGACUUUGGGAGUAUCUUUUCAUUCUAAAUUAACCGCCUGAAUCGUACGUUCUUCGUCAUUAAGCCAAAGGAGACGGUUUUGGUACAGAACUGGUACAGUUUGAAAUCCACAUUUAAAGCAAACGCUUCAAACCGGUUUUGGAAUGAAUCCAAUCCCAUAUCAAUGAUAUCUAAAUCAAACUUCAUUCACAUCGAGACCAAGGACUUCUUUUUUAUGUCCAAUUAAGAGGAUCAAUAUUUGUCUUUUUUUAGCUUAGUUCAUCAGUGCAAUCUUUGAGUCUUUUUUGCCUAUUGAUUUGUCUUGUCCUCGAGUUUCUGAACACUAAUCAUGAUUUUAAAUUCCGUCUUUAUAAAAAAACUUAGAAAAACCUUGAUAGAUUUUGGAGCUUUAAAGUAACUAUUUCUUUUAGGCGCAGCAGCAGGACGGAGUUGUUCUGCGCUGCCUGGUUUCCAGUUGUGCAGAGUUACCGUGUUGCAGGGUGGUACAUUGGUGUCGAGCACGGCUUUGAACUCCUGCUGCUCUGGAACUUUUUGUUCGUAUAACACCUCUAAACUCCAGCUGGAUGGGCAUGUCUUGUUUUUUUUGACAGGUGUUUCUUUUUUUUAGUUGAAGCCAGGCAGAUCGUUUUCUUACAUUUGCACCCUUUUUCAACCUUUUUGCUGUAUUUGGAUUUAAAUUUUGAGUGGAUUAGUAUUUUUAUUUACAGCUCACUUCUUAGUGCACACCUUGUAUCACUGUGCCUGAUUUAUAUAUUAAACAAAUAAAACCAA